AUGGUCAUCAAAUCCAAACUUAAGCUUGCGUUAGCGGCCGAGAAGGGCAUCGACCUCCGCAAGGUCAAGGAAGAGCGUAAGAUCAAGGCGAAGCACCGCGAAAUCGCCAAGGCACAAGAGAAGAAGCAGAAGAAGAACAAGGGCGUCGAAGAGGAUGACGAGGAUGAGGAAAUGGGCGGGGACGAGAGCGAGGACGAGGAUGACGCUUCUGUCAUCUCCAUUGAAGGCGGCAUCACUUUGAACGCAGAGUUCGAGGAUGCCGACUUAGGUUCCGACUCGGACUUAGAAGAGGAAGACGCAGAAGAGGAUGACAAGCUUGACAUCGAAGCAUUGGACGACACAGACAGCGACAGCGACUCCGAUAUCGAGAUGGAAGCAAAGAUUGAGCGCCCAUCCAAGAAGGCCAAGACAGCCAACAAGACACCGACAAAAAUUACACAGAAAGAUGGCGCUACAGACGAGGACGACGAGGACGACUCGGAGGUUGAUCCCGAAGAGGAUGACGUUCCUUUGUCGGAUCUCGAAGGCGACGACGAGGAUCUCGAGGACAUUAUCCCCCACACCAAGCUCACCAUCAACAACAAGGCCGCCCUCCUGGCCUCUCUGAACCGCAUCCGCAUCGACACCUCUUCCGCAGCCCCCUUCACGUCGCACAUGACCGUCGCCUCCUCCAAACUCACCGCCGAGGCUGUGCCCGACGCCCAGGAUGAUCUACAGCGCGAGCUCGCCCUGCUCUCGCAAUCCCUCGAGGCCGCGCGCAAGGGCCGCGCGCUCCUGAUCAAGGAAGGCACCCCGUUUUCCCGCCCCAAGGACUACUUUGCAGAGAUGGUCAAGGACGACGGCCAGAUGGAAAAGGUCAAGGCCAAGCUCAUCGAGGAGGCUAGUUCCAAGAAGGCCGCCGCCGAGGCGAGAAAGCUCAGGGACCUCAAGAAGUUCGGCAAGCAGGUGCAAGUCGCCAAGCUGCAGGAGCGCCAAAAAGCCAAGAAGGAUACGCUCGACAAGAUCAAGACACUCAAGAGGAAACGUCAAGAAAACUCUUCCAACCUUGACACGCGCGAGGCUGACCUGUUCGACGUCGGCGUCGACAACGAGAUCAAGAGCCACACCAACUCGGACGGCAAGCGCGGCGGCAGGUCUGGCAGCGGCGUUAACGCCAAACGGUCCAAGAAGAAUGAAAAGUACGGCUUCGGUGGGAAGAAGCGCCACGCAAAGUCGGGCGAUGCCGUGAGCUCCGGCGACCUCAGUGGGUUCAAUGCCAAGCGCAUGAAGGGCGGAAUCGGUAAGAAGCCCCAGCAGCGGCCGGGCAAGAACAGGAGAAAGGCUAUGAAUAAGUAA